AUGGCUGAACAAUUGUACAAUAAUGUGUUAAAAGAUUAUAAUAAUUAUCAAACAUGUAAUUCAACUUAUUUUACUUACUUAAAUACUUUAAAAGCUAUUUCAGAACAAGGGUUUUUUGAAAUCAUUGAUAAAUAUGAAAAUGAAGUCAGAGAAUUUUCUAUUAAUUUAUUGGUUAAUUCUGACUAUAAAUUUUGGUUAAAUUGUCAUAAUAAUAGUAAAAAAGAUUUCUGGAAUUAUAUUCAAUCUGUAUGUGGACUUGUAGAAAAUGAAACACAUAGAAAAUGUUCUGUUUGUGAAACCUUUGAAGAAGCUAAAAUUAAAAUUACAGAGGAGCAAUUAAAUUAUAUUGAUAAUCAUACUAGAUUUCAUAGAUUUCCUGAUGGAGCUGAAUGUAUGUUUAGAAUAUCGAUUUAUUUUACAAUUACAGAUCAAAUUCCUGAAAAUACAGAACCGAAAAAACAUGAUGAUUGGUUUCUUUGUGAUAUAAAAGAUCUUAAAAAUCAACUUCUUACUGAUAGUUUAAAACUUAAAUUAAAUAAAAUUAUUGAUAGUGUGGGAAGAAAAUGUACUAGUUUGAAGCGUAAUUCUUUAGUUGGCACUCCAACAUCUGAAGGAGAAAUUGUAAAAAAGGAUUCAAGACAUGGAAAUUUUAGAAAUGAAUAA